AUGCUUUCCCUCCGUGCUUUCUCUCGUUCCGUCCCGCGGUUCUCCCGCUCCAUUGCCCGCGCUUCGAUGCGCCCGGCUGUCCUCCCCAAGCCUGCUCUGCUCCAGCCCUGGAAGCAGGCCACCAAGCCCGCCUACGCCGCUUUCUCUACUUCCAGCGUCUUCCGGGAACCCGCUGCUGAGGGAGAUGUUGAGCUUCUUGCCAAGCUUGAUGAGGAGGUGAAGCACGAGAAGGCCUCCGGUGCUGAGGAUGCUAAGGAGCAGAAGGCCAGCAUCGACUACACUCUCCAGGCUGGCGAGUGGCAGGUUAAGGAUGUUGCCGGCGAGCAGGAGGUUGUUCUGACCAAGAAGUUCGGCAACGAGACUAUCCGCGUUACUUUCACCGUCGCUGACAUUAACAACCUCUCCGAGGACCCCAUGGAUGACCUUCACGACGACGCUCUUGGUGACGAGGCCGAGUACAACAACCAGGGCCGCGACGUUGAGGGUGAGGACGAUAUCCUCCCCCCUACCUUCCCUGCCCGCCUUGACAUUGCCGUUGAGAAGGCCAACCAGGGUGCCCUCUUGAUUCAGGCUGUCAUCCAGGACGGUGACCUGCAGAUCGAGGAGAUCUCCCACUUCAAGGAUGCCGAGAUCGCCAACGCUCACACUGCUGAGAAGGACUGGACUCGCCAGAGCCUCUACUCCGGUCCUCCCGCUGAGAAUCUCGACCCCGAGCUCCUGUCCUUCUGGGGCCGUUACCUCGAGGAGCGUGGUCUUAACGUCGAGUUCCAGAACAUGAUUACCGACUACAUUGCUUUCAAGGAGCAGAAGGAGUACGUUUCUUGGUUGGAGAACGUUCGCAAGUUCAUUGCUGCUUAA